UUCUAGUGUAUCCGCAUGCCCACUGGAUUAUUGCCUUGUACAAUUAAUAGUUUCACAACGGACUAAGUUGCAUACUCUGGACUGCAGUGUUUGAACGCUGUACGGAGAGUGUACGCCAUGUCCUGGAUAUUAGGUGCAUUUCAAGCCGGUGUGCUGCUGGCCGCGUGCCUUCUGGCGGUCCUAGGGCCCUCUCAAGGACAUGCCAGGUUGCAGAAGACGAGUGAUUCCGACUUUGUCAUUAAUAUCGUCACCGACGGCACAUAUAGCAUUAAGAUCAAAGGCAACACAUGGCUGAGUAGCGCCCCGACGUACUUCAUCGCCAAUAAUAAGACGUACAGCGCGGCGGACAAGACGUUGAAAUUGACCCAAGCGUCCGCGUCGUCGGGGUCGGAUCAACUCGGAAAAUGGCAGUCCACCGAAUUCGCCUACGUCAUCAAUGACUCAAAUAUGACAAGAUUUAGCGCCGUUAUUAAGACGUAUUUCGAUCUGCCCGUCAUAAUCUUCAGUCAGGUGUGGCGGGACGGUGCCACGGGGACCAAUGGCAAGACGUAUGAGGACCUGUGUGGAGGAUAUCCGGGCUUCCAGGUCGGAGGUCAGUCAGAAACGCUGGGCUUCCUUUCAUACGGAGGCAUGAUGUUUGGUGACACGAAGAAAAAAAUUGACCUGUGGACUAACACUACGAAUCGCCUCAACGACGGUAUAGAAGGCGGGCCUCUAGCGAUAUUUGACAAGGACGGUAACACGCUCGUAUUUUCGCCCUUUAACAGUUUCAUGGCAGCCUCGUUCCUUCAUGCGGAUGGGAAUUACUACGGGGGAGUUAUGGGAGGUGUUUCUGAGAUACCGGCUGGCUACAACCAAGACUUCAUUUUGUAUUAUGCAUCUGGAAUAAACAAGGCUUUUGAGGGCUGGGGUGCAACGUUGCGGGGAUAUUACGGCAAGAAACCGGAAAUGCAGAGGAAUGAUUUGACAAUCACCCACCUUGGCUACUGGACGGACAACGGGGCCUACUAUUAUUACAACACGGAACCAGAUAAAAACUACCAACAAACGGUCUUGGACGUAAAGAAAUACAUCAAUAUGACCGGCAUACCAUACAAGUAUUUCCAGUACGACUCCUGGUGGUACUACAAAGGCAUAGGCGACGGCGUGAAGACUUGGGUAUCCAGGCCGGACGUCUUCCCGGACGGAUUUGUAAAUGUUUCUCGUAUGCUGAACUUACCCGCCGCGGCACAUAACAGAUACUGGGCGGCGGACACGACGUAUGCCAAACAGAAUGGCGGUAAGUACGAGUUCGUGGUGGAGGCGGUGAAGGCACUUCCGGUGGAUCAGCUCUUCUGGUACGACCUGUUUAGGGACGCCAAAAAGUGGGGACUGAUCCAGUAUGAACAGGACUGGUUGAAUGUAGAGUUCAGCGGCGUCCAGGCGCUCCUACACAACCUCACACUGGGUACCACGUGGCUCACCCAGAUGGCGUACGCGGCGGAGGAUUCCAACAUCUUUAUCCAGUACUGCAUGUCGAACCCUCGGCAUGCAAUGCAGGCCGUCAUGUACGCAGCCGUCACGCAGGCCCGUGCAUCAGAUGACUACCACCCAGGUAGCAACCAAUGGGCCAUCGGGAUCUCGAGCAUCUUCGCAGCCGCCAUGGGGGUCGCGCCGUACAAGGACACGUUCUGGUCGACGGAGGUCCAGCCCGGAAACCCGUACAAGGGCACGGAGCCGAACUACAAACUACAGGCGAUUGUCUCCACCCUCAGUACAGGCCCCGUUGGUCCCAGCGACAUGGUGGGCGGCAGCAACGUCGAUCUCAUUAUGAAGUGUUGCAGGAGUGACGGUAUGAUCCUUAAGCCGCAGUUUCCGGCCAGGGCUAUCGACGGUCAAAUUCUUAAGGCCGCCUUUAAGGAUAUCAAUGGACCGGAUGGAGAGGCGUGGGUCGCUCACACAGUCAUCGGCGGACUAACGUUCUCAAAUAUCCUCGUGGUGAACCUGGCCAAGGGAACCUCGUACACCAUGUACCCUAAGGAUACCGGCCUGUACCAGGGGGUUGGUGACCUGUUCGCAGUACCGUACGACUCGCCGUUCGGCUGGACGGGCUUCGACUCCAUGUACGGACUGACGUUCACGGAGGAGUUCACCACAGAGAGUCCCGCGCUCUACCACGUCUCACAGGGAAUCCCUGGCUGGUUCCAGACCACCAUUCUGGGCGAGCUAGACAAGUGGGUUCCGGUUUCCCCUCAGAGAGUCCAAGAUAUAACGUGGACAGACGACACCGUGACUGCGCCCCUCAUGGGAGCGCCGAAGGAGCAGUUCGACUUCUGGUUCAUCCUGGGCAGCAAGGAGAACAAGGUCAUCUGCGUGAUAGGCGUCGACGGUACCGCCACUUUCAAAAUGGACCUCAAUCUUGGCAUCGCCACGUGCCAGUAGCUACGUCAGGUGGAGUGUGACAGAGGAAUGCCGUUUCCAUUGUGAUUGAUACAUUAGAUGAUAUAUAGUUUCGUUGUACUACAGCAGAAAGUAAUGUAGCCAUGUAAAUUGCCUGGGUUCUUUUAGGUGUAAUUGAGGUCUAUAAUCACUUUAGUGUAAUGAGGAUAAAUCAGACGAAAAUAUUUUGUGUGUGAAAAUAAGAUAUUUAAGUUGUAAUUUAUCAUAUACUAUAUUCAGUCAGUAUAAGUCACUGUAUAUGUAUUUUAUUUUGUAUUAUAUAAAUUAAUAUAUUUUAGAUGCGGAUGUAGUAACCAUUCAGCGAAAUAAUAUGUUAUGUAGAUAUUGUUGUGAGUGUAUACUACCGUACUAUAUUGCUAGUAAAUAGCACACGAUCGCGAAUACAAAUAUAAAAUGUG